AUGCGGAGGAUGAAGAUAUCUAAGUGGAGGUGGAGCAGCAUCUCCAUCAGUGCGCGAUCCCAGCUGAAAGGCACCCUGGCCCUUCUUCUUGUGGGCAACGUUGCCUUUGUGAUAGCUCAGGACCUGGCGCAGACCUCCAACAGCCUGGAGGAAGGGGCAGACGUCACCGCGUACUGGUGGGGCGAGUGGACCAAGUGGACGGCGUGCACCAGGACCUGCGGGGGAGGCGUCAAGUCCCAGGAGAGGCACUGCCUGCGGCAGAGAAGAAAGUCAGUGAGUGGGCUGGCUAAUAAAACUUGCACUGGGACAUCCAAAAGAUACCAGCUCUGCAAAGUACAAGAGUGCCCUGCGAACGGAAGGAGCUUUCGGGAAGAGCAGUGUUCAUCAUUUAACUCCCAUGUGUAUAACGGCAGAACGUAUCAAUGGAAGCCUUUAUAUCCUGAUGACUAUGUUCACAUUUCUAGCAAGCCCUGUGACCUCCAUUGCACCACUGUGGAUGGUCAGAGACAGUUAAUGGUUCAGGCUCGGGAUGGAACAUCCUGCAAAUACACUGAUUUCCGAGGGGUUUGCGUGUCUGGAAAAUGUGAGCCCAUCGGAUGCGAUGGCAUUCUCUUUUCCACCCACACCUUGGAUAAAUGCGGCGUUUGCCAAGGAGAUGGGAGCAGCUGCACUCACGUGACCGGCAGUUACCGGAAAGGAAAUUCUCAUCUUGGCUAUUCUCUGGUAACGCACAUUCCUGCAGGAGCAAGGGAUAUCCAGAUAGUGGAACGGAAAAAAUCUGCAGAUGUUCUGGCUGUGGCUGAUGAAGCUGGGUACUAUUUCUUCAAUGGGAACUACAAAGUUGACAGUCCGAAGAACUUCAACAUUGCAGGCACGGUGUUCAAGUACCGCAGGCCCAUGGAUGUUUAUGAGACCGGCAUAGAGUAUAUUGUUGCACAAGGACCGACAAAUCAAGGGUUGAACAUAAUGGUCUGGAAUCAAAAUGGCAAGAAUCCAUCCAUCACAUUUGAAUACACCCUCCUGAGGAAGCCACACUCAAAAAAUCUGCAGCCCAUCUACUACACCUUCUCGGAGUCAGAUAGCGAAGAAAGCAGAGAGUUUGAUGGAGACGUGCCAUUGGGUUUUAUCCAGCACAAUGCAACCUAUUUUGGGAAAAUCUCCAGGGAAAGGAUAGACUUGGAGAACCAGGUGUUUGGAAGGCAGGACACGGAGGAAGAUUUAAACUUGAGCAAAGGUCAGGAAACCAAUGAGGUCUAUGAAAGAGCAGAAACAAUUGACUGUGAGCCAAAACUGAAGGGCAAACAACCCCAAGAUUCAAACGUAACCAGGUCUACUUACCAGACAGACCAUGACGACAGAGACUUCGACCCCAGGUUCACCUCCAGGGAAUUCCUUUCGGAGAAUGCCAUCACGGACAAGCUGCUGGACAAGACCUUGGAAUCCAAGGAGUUGGUGCUCAACAUGACCAUGAACAGCAUUUUUGCCCAGGGAGAUCCAAUCAACUCUGUGGGAUCACACAUUGACAGCCUCUAUGUUGACUAUGAGGACACUGAUGGCGUUGUGACCUACUCCAUUAAUAGCACCUACAUGGAGCUGAGCAACAGCAAAGCUGUCAACUCUUCUGCAGAGACGCCGUUUUCAAAUGCCACUGUCACCAUGACCAGCCCUCAAGGGAACAGAACCCACAAAGCAAGAAACAGAUUGAAGUUGUUAAGAAAGGGCCAAGGUGUGAGUGCUGCUGACAUGUACAGGUGGAAGCUUUCCUCCCAUGAACCCUGCAGCUCUACAUGUACCACAGGAGUGAUGUCCACGUAUGCUAUGUGUGUUCGCUAUGAUGGGAUCGAAGUGGACGAUACGUACUGUGAUGCCAUGACCCGUCCUGAGCCCGUCCAUGAGUUCUGUGCUGGGAGAGAGUGCCAGCCAAGGUGGGAGACGAGCAGCUGGAGCGAGUGUUCCCGCACCUGCGGGGAGGGCUACCAGUUCCGCAUCGUCCGCUGCUGGAAGAUGAUCUCCCCAGGAUUCGACAGCUCCGUCUACAGCGACCUUUGCGAGUCUGCUGACAUCACCCGGCCGGACGAGCGCAAGGUCUGCAAGAACCCAGCCUGCGGGCCCCAGUGGGAGAUGUCGGAGUGGUCCGAGUGCUCAGCCCGGUGCGGAGAGCGGAGCGUGGUGACGCGGGACAUCCGCUGCUCGGAGGAGGAGAAGCUGUGCGACGCCAGCGCCCGGCCCCUGGCAGAGAAGAACUGCACCGGACCACCCUGUGACCGGCAGUGGACCGUCUCUGACUGGGGACCGUGCAGUGGCGGCUGCGGGCAGGGCAGGAUGAUCCGGCACGUGUACUGCAAAACCAGCGAUGGGCGGGUGGUGCCGGAGUCGCAGUGCAACCUGGAGAUGAAGCCGCUGGCCAUCCAUCCCUGCGGGGACAAGAACUGCCCCUCGCACUGCUGCACCCCACAGUGUAACACCACGUGCGGCCGGGGCGUGAAGAAGAGGAUCGUGCUCUGCCUGGAGAUCGUCAAUGGCAAGAUCAAGACCCGCAACCCCGCUGACUGCGACGUCGCCAAGAAGCCUGUGGAGGAGACGACAUGCUUUGAGCGCCCGUGCUUCAAGUGGUACACGACCCCCUGGUCGGAGUGCACGAAAACCUGCGGCAUUGGCGUGAGGAUGCGGGACGUGAAGUGCUACCAAGGGAAGGACAUCGUCCGGGGCUGCGACCCCCUGGUGAAGCCGGUGGGCAAACAGACCUGUGACCUGCAGCCCUGCCCCACGGAGCCCCCAGAUGACAGCUGCCAGGACCAGGCAGGAACCAACUGCGCCUUGGCCAUCAAAGUCAACCUGUGCAGCCACUGGUACUACAGCAAAGCCUGCUGCCGCUCCUGCCGCGCGCCCCACUCCUAG